AUGCAGUACUGGAGGCUUUACCUUUUGACACUGGUCCUGGGCAUUGGGGGAUCAUUUCAAUAUGGUAUCCAAGUGUCCAUCAUUGCAUCGCCAGCAGAGCAUGUUCAGAAAUUUGUGAACCAGACAUGGAUGGAGAGAUACGGUGUUCCAGCAUCAGACUCCAACAUCCAGCUCAUCUGGUCCUUCAUUGUGGCAGUCUUAAGCCUGGGAGCCUGGGCUGGGGCUAUUCAUGCUGGUACACUUCCUGUCACUUAUGGCCGGAAAAAGGCUCUGCUGAUCAACAAUGUUGUGGCAGUUGUUGCGGCCUUGCUCAUGCUCUUCAGUCGUAUGGCCAAGUCCUUUGAGAUGAUCCUGCUGGGCAGAUUGCUCUAUGGAUAUAAUAUGGGCCUUGGACUGAGUGUACAUUUGAUGUACCUGGGGGAAUGCUCUCCAAAGAAACUGAGGGGUUUCCUGACUCUUACCAGCUCUAUCUUCUGCGGCGUGGGGAAAAUUGCAGGCCAAAUAGUUGGCAUCAAGGAAAUGAUGGGCACAGAAGACAUGUGGCCGUAUCUCUUAGCUGUUAGUGGCAUUCCCGCCAUACUGCAGUUUGUGACACUGCUCUACUUCCCUGAGACGCCUCGAUACCUUUACAUUGACAAAGGUGAUACUGAGGGCAGCAAAAAAGUGUUGCAGUGGCUGUGGCAGGACGACGACUUGAAGCUUGAGCUUGACGACAUGCAUAAAGACAGAGAGAACUCACAGGGCGAGAAGGCAAAGACAAUCAUGGAUGUUCUCCGCUCACGCUGUGUGAGAUGGCAGAUGGCAGCGAUGUUGAUCCCCUGCUCGGGUGUCCAAUUCUGCGGCAUCAAUGCUCUGUACUUCUAUGCCUUUGACAUCUUCCGUGAAUCAGGAGUUGCAAAAGACCAGAUUCAUUACCUCUCCAUUGGUCUUGGAGCAACGGAGGUCAUCACUGUAACAUUAUGUUCUCUGUUGAUAGAUCGAGCCGGGAGGAAGAAGCUGAUGGGAUAUGGUUAUCUGUCAAUGGGCAUCACCAUGAUUGUACUCACUGUCAUGCUGUCCAUCAAGAACUUGAAUUCAUGGAUCCCAUAUAUAAACAUCAGCCUGAUCUUUAUUGUCAUCUGUAUAUAUGGACUUGGACCGUCUGGAGUGUCGAUGGCCCUCCCUGCUGACCUUUUUCUGCAGGCCUGGCGUCCCUCUGCGUACGUGAUCAGUGGGACUGUCAACUGGCUAGGCAUGUUUGUUGUGGGGAUGUCCUUCGGCUAUAUAGUGAACGGACUCGGGCAGUUCUGCUUCCUUAUUUUUGUGGCUUACUGCAUUUUCAGUGCAGCGUUCUUGCUGUAUUUCAUCCCAGAGACCAAAGGAAAGACGAUGGUAGAGAUUACGGAAGAGUUCAACAAACUGAAUUUUAAGAACAAGGCCAACGAGACCACAAAGGCAGACUUGGCCCUUUGUACUAAACUCUAAGGAGUUUUUUGUUUUUUUAUUUGUUUGUUUGUUUUGCUUUGUUUUUAUAUUUUUCAUUACAUUUUUUUUCCACAAAUCUGGUUUCCAGUCUGAUUUUGUCAGUGCUAUUAAAUGUUGGGUAUUGAUAAAAAAUAACCAACCUGAAACUGUUUUUAGCGAACUACUUGUACAUUGUCAUUGGCAUUUGAUAAGAUGUCUACCUUUCUUCUCAAAAAUUUAUUUAUUUAUCGAAACAUUACGCUUGGCAUAGGCUUCUCAGCUCAGGGUAAUAAGAUGUAAACAGAUUACCUGAUUGUAUGAAAUUAUGAAGAUGCUGACAAUCUGAAAGCUGUUUUGUGUUGUCUGUAUUCUGUUGAGCCUUUCUUUUUAAUUACUGUUAGCAUUAUUUCAAGUAGUGAUUUAUAAGAAAAGUGUUUAUUGAAGUGAAAGACACAAUAAGGUUCUCAGUGGUUAUGAAGUAGAAAACCAGUAGCUAUCUAUGCAGGGUGGCCCUUUGUGACGCUCUAUAAUCAAUUAAUAUUCCAGUAGUUAUAUAACUCUUAUUUAUCAGUUCAUAAUCGGAUUGCUGUUUCUUUAUAGAUUUAGUAACUGAUUCUUGAUUGCCAACUGAUCAGCUGCUUUUUGAGCAUCACAAAUGGCCUCCUUCUCAAGCAACUGCCUGAAUAAGAGAGAAAACUUGCACUGUCUGCUUUGUUUUUAAUAACACAAUGCAAAGUAGUAAUAUCUGCACUGUCACAGGUUGACUGCCUGUUUAAAUCACUCUGUGAAAACGGGCCAAACAUGUAGCUGAGUUACAGAGCCCUUUGUAUCUGCUGGUAGUAAUCAGAUUUGGGGAGAAAACAAAACACCCUGUACAUUGAAACAAAGAGUCUGCAGCCCUGCAGGGUCAGAGGAGAGGUCGUUUGAGGUCCUCAUGCUAUUUUCUUCUUUUUUUUUUUGUUUGUUUGUUUUUUUUAACCAAACCUCACAAGAUCAAUUAGAGUUCAAGAUCCAUUUUAAUAACAGUAUUGAUUAUGAAAGUUAAAGGGCUUCUGGUUAUAGUCCAGAAGUUAUAGUUCUGGAAGGUCACUCAGUUUGGCUCUGUGAUACUCCAACAAUAUGUCUGAAAUCAAGAUGUUUGCUUGCUUUUCAAUGGGAAAAAAAUACAUGUAAAGGACAAGCAAACAAAAUUUUGUUCUCUCUCUUCUAGCAUGACAUGAAUGACUUGUUACAGGAUGAAUGUGCUUUUUAUCUAUUAUAAUAAUAAGUCUUUAUUUGUAUUGUAUUGUACUGGAGGCUGUAUUUUUAUUUGAUAAAUAAAUGGUGCCU